GGAAAACGAACCAAUGAAUGGCAUAGUAACGUCACGCCCAGUCCCCGGAGCUUCUUUCCCUUGUCCUUCCUCCCUCUCAUCAUCUCCGACCCGGCAGCACUGUGCUCUGCCCCUUUGUCUGUCUCUCCAUCUCGAUGCUUGAGUCGGAGAGAAGUUCGAUCUUUUCAAGGGUUGAAGCGGAGAGUGGUAUGUGCUUCUGAGAUUCUAUUCUAUGGCAUUACCCAGGAAAGUUCUAUUGAAGAAGGCAAGUAAGUUUGAGCUGAAGGAACUCAAAAAGAAUAACAUUGAUCCGGUGCAUCUAUCUGGCCUCGGUAGAAUACUCGAUGAUGUUUAUGCCCUGCGUCUUCCAAAACCAAUUGAUUAUCAUAAUCGAACGGAUCUCAUUCGUAUCUUCAAUACAAUAGCAAAGGAAGUAUAUGGCAAUUCAGAUGAGUGCCCUGUUGUGGAGGGAUUUGGCUCCUUUGUUAUGGAUAUGUUCACUGCAGGAAGUGAUUUGGACUUAUCUAUCAACUUUGGGAGUGCUGAAGUUGAAUGUCCUCGAGAGAAGAAGAUUCAGGCACUUAAAAAGUUUUCUAAGAAGCUGCACGCCCUUCAAAGGAAGGGCCAUGUUACUAGCAUCCAGAAAAUCAUGACUGCUAGGGUACCGAUCGUGAAAGUAAUCGAUGUGGGAACUCGAAUAGAAUGUGAUCUUUCAGUUGAGAACUGGGAUGGCAUUCUGAAGUCACAGCUUGUCCACAUAAUUUCUGCUAUUGAUGAAAGGUUUCAGAAGCUAAGUUUUCUGGUGAAAGCUUGGGCAAAAGCAAAUGGCAUCAAUAGUUCGAAGGAUCGCACGUUAAAUUCUCUUUCCAUAAUAUCAUUAGUUGCUUUUCACUUGCAGACUCGAGAUCCCCCCAUACUGCCUCCGUUUUCUCUAUUUUUGAAAGAUGGAACUGAGCCUGCACAAGUAAGAAAAAAUGUUGAUGGCUUCAAAAAUUAUGGAAAACCAAAUGAAGAAUCUCUUAGUCAGCUCUUCAUGACUCUCUUAAUUAAGCUGGCUUCUGUCGAGAAACUUUGGCAAAAGGGCCUCUGUGCCAGCUUGUAUAAUGCAUCAUGGACUUCAAAAACAUUUGACUCAGAGUGUAACCCAAUAAGUGUGGAAGAUUUCACUGAUAGGUCCCAGAAUGUUGCAAGGGCAGUCGGGACGAAUGAAGCUAAAACAAUCUAUGACUGCAUCAACAACUCAAUCUGUUUCAUUCUCAUGUUUCUUGAUGGGCACAUGGAGGGGCACAAAUUGAGUGAACUGAUAUUUGGCUCUGAAGACACGUGCCUCAGCCCCCUGGUAAAACUUAAUCCGAAUCAUGAUCACGGAGGUCCCACUUCUCGUUCCCGUAAAAAUAAGAAGCGGAAACGAAAUGAAGAUUCUCCAGCAAAGAAGGUUGGUAAAACUUGGGGAGGGAAUCCAUCGAGGAGCAGCGAAACCUCAAGCACCUCUGCUUCUAAUUUCAACCCGCAACUAGUUCCUCAGCAGAAACCCCUAGUCUCAAGUUUGGUUGGUGGUUCAUUCCCUGCUCUAAGCACAACAGACUUGGUGGUACUGUGCAAUCUGCUUCCUCAGCAACAUAGCCUUCCUCAGAAUUUGCCGGGUUCUGAUACAACACAAUUUAAGCCUAGUGCUGGUAACCCAUUGCCUUGGCCCAACUGGGGCGCCACAUGAGCUUGUCCUUUAUCGACAUAGCCUUUGGAGCUUUGAUUCUCCCCUCCCUGAAUGUUGCGAGGUUCCCGGAAGGGAAUUCUAUGUGGCAAUUUGUAAGCAGGUUAGACAUUAGGAUUUCAGGAGGUGUACAACCUGUGCUAUAUGUUAGCUAGCUGCCCUUUUCUUGUACAGCAAUCUGUGAAGUAAACAUUUUUCUGAGACAAUUACAGCCCGUGUGCUGGGGAUGUAUCUCAUGGUCUUUUCCUCAAAACAAGAGACUUUUCUAUUAUCAUA